AUCCCCGUCAUUCCUGCUACUGCCCUUGGCGCCCUUGAGUAGCCGGCCAUGGGAUCGCCGGCCGAGGAGCCUCCGCCGCCGGCGCCGGACCUUUACCGCGACACGUGGGUGCGCUACCUGGGUUACGCCAACGAGGUCGGUGAGUCUUUCCGGGCCAUCGUGCCCGUCUCAUUGGUGUGGGCCAGCUACGGCGUAGCGACUGCCUAUGUGGCAGCUGACGCAAUUGACAAGGGCAAGAAGGCGGCAUCUGCGAAGGCCGUGGACAAAGGGAGGAGCAGGCAUGCCGCAGUGGCAGUCGUGGACACGUUCAUAUGGCAGGCUCUGGCUUCCGUGGCCAUUCCUGGCUUCACCAUUAACCGCAUCUGCGCAGGGUCACUCUACCUCAUGGCCAGCUUGACGCACUGGCCUCUCUCGGUCAGGAAGUGGGCCACCACUGCCGUGGGACUCUCGGCCAUUCCUUUCAUCAUCAAACCCAUCGACAGGUCAGUGGAUUUCUUGAUGGACUCCAGUCUCCGCAAACUCUACAAGACAGAAGAGUAAGAGGAAGUCCUCCUUCCCCUGGCCUGCCAGAGCCUCGGAUAGCAAAACCAGGCUAUCAUCCGCCCUCAAAGCCACUACCUCUUUCUCUGUGGUCUCCAUGCUAUCUAGACUUCUAAAAUAUUGAAAUCCAGCUUAGUGGAACCUGUGCUUAACCAAUCCAGCUUGGUACUGUGGAUCCAACAAGAAUGGAUCUUCUGGGCAGCUCAGGACUUGUCCUAAAAGCCUAUGUAGAGACUGGUCCAUUUCCCAUGCCAACGGAACUUGCAUGUGGCCUUCUAGAAAUCCUUUCACAUCCUUGUUCAAGUCAAUGCCACCCCAGAUAAGGGGGGCGCUGGGAUGUACUUAAGGCACAACCUCUUAUUUUUUUGUUUCGGGUUCCUGGCAGCUGUUUCCCAGUAGUAAUGUGGACUAGCCUGCUGACAGUUCAUUUUGCACUGUGAGCCCCUCCUCCAGCUAAUGGGAGUGGUUAAUUGCACUAACCCGUUAACAACUUAAGUAGAGCCAGUUUUAAAUGGCUCCCAUUACCGCUGCUCGGCUGAAAAGGUUAUUUGUAGUUCCUUCGAUCUGGCUUAAUGAUAGUGACACUGUACACACUCUGCGUUUAAAGAAUGACACCCCUCAAAAAAUCCUGGGUUUAUAGCUCUGGGGUUUAUAGCAUCAGGAGAUGGAAGGGAUUCCAAGGUUCAUCCUAGUCCAACCCCCUGCAAUGCAGGAAUCUCAAAGUAUGCUUCCAACGCAUGGUGUACCCAAGCCAGUGAGAAUUUUGGCAUAUAAAUAAAUGAAACCACUUUCGGAA